AUGAAGUUGUUGAAAUACCAGCGAGCCGCGCAGGUCCUGGUCUCUCUUGGAAUACCUGUCGCAUCGCAUGAUCCAAACGGCAGACCAGGAUAUGGACUCAUUGGCUAUGGGAUCUCCAUGUACAGGCCUCUCUGCGCGUAUGCGUGUCGUGCCUCAAUUACAAACCCUCUGGAUUGCAACAAAACAGCAGAUCACAACAUGGAUAUGUCCUCGAUGGAGAUGGAUACUCCCAGCCCUUCAUGCUACGCAAACAAUGAUCCCUUUUUGCAAACACUAGCCUACUGCAUGUACACUCACUGCGCGGAUUUGUCCGUAUCAGUUUUGGAGAAUUACUGGGAAUUGAACGUGGCCGGUAGACUGCAGCAUCAACCGAGCCCGAAGGAGUCAUAUCAGGAAGCUCUUGGAAGCCUUGCGAAGCCGCCAACCACAACACUUAAUACGUCCGAGGUUCUGGAUAUUGCUUCUCUGGUCGUCGAAGAGACGUAUUUGAGUAAUUGCGAUACUCUCUCCACGUUCGAGGCGGUCGAGACGUCCCAUGAGAGAUAUGGCUUAGUGCUCCUUCUCACCGGUGCAAUUAUUCCAAUAGCCUCGUCUCUGCUCCGUUUCGUCCCUUUCCCCGCCGCUUGGCGAGUACGGUUCAGCGCAAUCUUCAUCGAUCCUCCAUUUAUCGGUCGUCGCCAUAGCUCCCCGAUAUUCGACACCUUCUACAUGCCGACUCGAGGACAAGCCCUCUUUAUCGCAUAUCUAUCGAUAAUCAACAUAAUCUUGUGCGCUGUCGGGUUCCGGUCGGCGCAGCCGAACACCUGGUACGCGUCCAAGCACGACGAAAUCCUCACCUACGUGGCCAAUCGCGUUGGCGUGCUCAGCUUUGCCAAUAUUCCCUUGUUGGUGCUAUACACCGGUCGGAACAACUUUCUCCUCUGGCUAACAGACUGGUCGCAUUCAACCUUCCUCUUGCUCCAUCGCUGGCUCGCGUUCAUCUGCACUCUGGAGGCCUGUCUGCACUCGGCCAUAUAUUUGCAAAUCUACGUCGCGAACAAUGAGCAUAGCACCGAGAGUAGGCUUCCAUACUGGAUCUGGGGCGUUGUCGCGACUUUGGCGCUGGCCAUCUUGAUUCCAUCAUCGACAUGGCCAAUCCGGAAGCGGUUCUACGAGCUAUUCCUGGCUUGGCACGUCAUCCUCUCCUUUUUUGCUCUUCUUGCGUGCUACUGGCAUAUCUGGUACAGGUACGGACAUCAAUGGGGCUACGAGACUUGGAUCUAUAUCGCCUUCGGUAUCUGGGCCUUUGAGCGAGGGUUUCGGUUAUUGAGGCUGGCGCGCCAUGGGAUGCGGAAGGCUUAUGUCACCGUCUUGGACGACGAGUAUCUCAAAGUUGAGGUUCCCGGUGUCCAUGCACAGGGCCAUGUAUACCUCUAUUUUCCGACCCUGACGUGGCGGGUCUGGGAAAACCAUCCCUUCUCGGCGAUUGCCAGUCUGCGCCGUGAGAAUAGCCUGGAGAAGAUCGCGAUCGAGGCGCAAGAUGUCAAGGGUGAACACCUGUCGAAGAAUGGACUUUCCGUAACGACUUUUCUCGACCAGGGCAAGAUGCCCUCUAGUUCAUCUACGCCCUCGUCGCGGGACCUGACAGGCGACAGAUACUACCAGCCAUGCCUCACGCUCUUCGUACGCACACAGUCGGGCAUCACACGACAUCUACGUGCGCGGUCCCAACUCCCGGUUUUGGUGGAAGGGUCCUAUCCCCUGUCGCCUCUGACCAGCGAUCACUGGAGCGAUCAUCCCAACGUCAUUGCCAUUGCCGGUGGAGUUGGCAUCACCGCCCUGCUCCCGGAUCUGUGCAGCCACCGUGGACGACACGCUCUAUUUUGGGCUUCUCGCAGCAAAGCGUUGAUUGACUCGGUGCAGGAGACGGUUGGGAACACUUGCCUGCAUAAUCGGGAUAUGAAGAUCUACCAUGACCGGCGAAUGGAUAUCCCAAAGCUGUUGAGGGAAGAGAUGCAGAAGUAUCGGGGUGUGCCGGUUUGUGUGGUUGUCAGUGGACCGGCGGGGAUGGCGGAUGAGGUUCGACUUGUGGUUUCGGAGAUGGUUAGAGAGAAUCCGUCUCUGCUUGUUUCUUUCGUGGAGGAGUCUUUUAGUUGGUAG